CCGGGAGCUCUGUGAGUCACUCCCCGGGCCCGGCCCGGGAGGUGCGGGCACCCCGGCCGGAGGCGGCCUGGCGGCGGGCUCACAUGGGCCUUUCCAAAAGCAAACCCAAGCAGAGGAAAGGUAAGGAGGAAAAGAAUGGACUUGCCUACCCAGUCCCCACAUCCAAGAACAAGUGGAUGAAGAAGCAAGCCCAGGGGGCCAAGCAGGCAGACAGCCUUCCACCCGGAGUGGGGCCAGCCAAGGACUCGUGGCCUGCUUCUUCCUCCGAAGAGAAACCUGAGAUAAAACAGUCGAGCAGGAAAAAUACCAUCACUCCACAGAUCAUCAUCACUCGGGCCUCAGAUGAGAGUAUAGUCAGCUACAGCUCCACUGGAAGUGAGGAGCAGAGAACCAUCCGGGAAUGUGCUGAAUGGGGGCCCUACCGCAGACACAGGAACCCCAGUACAAUAGCAGCCUACCUACCUGACAAAGAGUAAACAAAAGCUUCUAGUAGCUAUCCUUGUUUACUGUGAUUAAGUCCCAGUUAUGGGGUUCUAAGUGCUUGAGGUUCUUAGUGACCAUUUGGUUUCAUCUCCCCAGAGCCACUGGCAGACUGAGAUAUGGAGGAAAUCACUGGCUCAGAGAGAGAAUUUUGCACUACCAAAGAAAUUAACUAGCUCAUCACUGUUGGAAGUGUCAGGCUGUACAGCAUGGAGAAAAAUAGAAGAGACCAUCCCAACCAACUAAAGAGCUAGGCUUGAGUGUG